AUGGCCGCUCCGAUGGCGGUGAAACAGUUUGAAGUAUCCGCACCCGGCAAGGUCAUCCUGCACGGCGAACACUCGGUCGUAUACGGUCACCCAGCCAUCGCCGGUCCGAUCGGACUCCGAACGUACCUGCGUUACGAGGCGCUUCCAGCAACCGAUGGCGCUACGUCCGGCCGUAUCGUUUUCCACUUCGAUUCGCUUCCAUUCACCUCCAGCCUUACCUCAACUGCCUUCAAUGAGUUCCUUCGCGAUGUUGACUGUGCUGGUCAGCUAUCACCGGAGCAGUUCCUUCAACAGCUGCGCACCAACGACGAGUUCCCGUUUGCACGUUACAUCAGCGAACAACCAACGACGGCCAAAGAGCGCUACUCCCUUGCCGUUGCUCUCUACAUCUUCAACCGAGUGCUGCGGGCGGAAGGAGUGACGGAAGUUGCCGGUGCUAGCUUCCGCUUGUCGUUACGAUCAACGAUGAGCAUCGGCGCUGGACUGGGUAGCUCGGCAAGUUACGGUGUGUGUCUGGCCGCUGGGGCGUUCGUAUUGAGUCGCAUUCUGAAAGGUGAACUAACGGACACCUCCAUCGGCCAGUGGUCACUGGCGUCAGACGAUCAGCUGGCGAAGAUUUCCGCUUGGGCGUUUGAUUCCGAGAUCAUCAUGCACGAGAAACCAUCCGGUAUUGACAAUACAAUCUGUACUUACGGUGAAUUGAUACGCUUCCGGCGAGGAGAUCCUGCCCAUCGGACCAUCCAUCUGCAGUGUCCGCUACACGUGCUGAUCGUCGACAGUGGAGUAAGCCGUAGCACCGCCCAACUGGUAGCGAUCGCGGCCGAUCGUCGUAAGCACUUUCCACGCACCAUGGGCCAAGUGUUCGGUGCGAUGGGUGAACUCGUCGAGGAGGUGAUCGAGCUGCUUGAAACCCCACCAGCAGCCGAUUACGAUCAACUCCGAACGCUCGUUACAAUCAACAACAAUCUGCUUCGUUCACUCGGUGUCAGUCAUCCGGCACUGGAACAGAUCUUCCGGAUCGCCGAACGACACGGGUACGGCUGCAAGCUAACUGGUGCCGGUGGUGGAGGCUGUGCCUUUCUACCGCUGCCAGACAAGUACGAGGGGCAUGACUCAUACCGCCAGCUGGUGCAGGAGUUGAGCGAAGCCGGAUUCACAUCCAUUCCAACGACGAUCGGUGGCGGAACGGGCGUUAAGCUGACUAGUGGGGUGCCGGAAGACUGAAGUAGGUUCGCUUAUCAUGACGUGUAGGAUCAUAAGUUCGGUAAAAGGGAAACCACUCCGGGAAAACCAUGUUUGUUUUUUGUUGGGUAAAUGGUAAUAGCAUAGUUUUUUUAUGACCUCCCAUUAUCCUACCGGUCACGACGUUGUAGCGGGGUUGCGGUUGGUUGGUUGGUUCCAAAUAAUAAAAGUAUUUAUGGAUUCUUUUUUU